AUGGUCAAACCAAGAAAUAAUAAAAAAAAUAAAAAAAUUAAUAACCAAUGCGAUGUUCCAAUCAACUUUUCUGCAAACACUGAAGCUGAUGAAAUGGAAAUAGAAUAUAAAGCUGAUCCAAAUGAAAUAUUUUUACUUGUACCAAACUCAAAAAUGUUGAAAGUAAACAGAGCUUUGCAAGUAUCGGGUCAUUACAAAUUGAAGCUCGCUGCCUUAGAUCUCCUUGAUGACCAUGUCUCAAAUAAAGAUUUAUUAUCAGAUUUAAGCCACAACCAAUAUGCUUCAGCUAUUAACUACCAAUUAAAUCUUGCUCUCAAGUGCCAUUGUAGUGUAAAAUAUUUAAAUAGUGUUAAGGAUAAAGCCAGCUCUUUAUUAACUAAAAUGAUUAUCAAAGAAUGGGGAAGUUCAGAUGCUACCGUAGAAAACCGUAAAUUCAUCUCUGAUAGCCUCAAAUUAAUUGUAGACCCAGUUGCCUUUCCAGAAAAAUACUGUUGGGAAGAAGUUAAAGAUUCCAUUAUUAUCUUGGGUAAAUUCUCUCAAAUGAAAAAUGAAACAAUAGUUUUUGAAGGCUUUCAUAAAUCAAAAAUAGAAAAUAACAAGCCAGAAAUUAGCAGAUCUUCAUUUGUCUCAUACCUAGAGAUGGUUAAUAAAGCAUCAAAUGACUCAAAGCUUCGAUAUAGAAAUGAAUGGAAAAAUAUCGAACCAUUAGCAAUCCAGGUAUCAGAAUUAAUUUCCAAAGCACCAUUGCCAGCCCUUCAUGCAAUAGUACACAGUGGUUUAAAUUCAAAUAGAAAUUAUUUGUCAUCAUCAACAGCAUCAUUAACAAACAUUCCAACUAUUAUAACAACUUCACCAUCAUCUUCAUUAAAGAAUAGUAAUAGUCAAUAUAAUAAUUUAACAUCAUAUGACGAGGUUGAAAAAGGAUUCAGGGUCCAUGAAGAAGAUGAGGCAGUCGAAUUAAACGAAUCAUUAAAUGAAUUUAACAAUGAAAGCAGGGUUGGUGUUGGUCGUGACGAUUGUGAUGUUGGCGAGGCUCAAGAAGAAGAUGAUGACAAUAACAAGAAUAUGGAAUUUAAAUUCGAUUUAGAUUUGACUACAAUUAAUGUAAUGGACUAUAUCGAUGACUUUGAAAAGAAAUUAUUGGAAUAUUCAGAAAAAGAACAAAUAGUCCAAGAUUUCAACAAAAAUAACAUAGAUUUAAUUCAAUAUUCAAAACAGGUAGGAGAAUCACUAGAAAAAUAUGACAAAGAAAUGAAUGCACUCUAUCAAGAUAUUUUACCCGAUUAUGUAAAUGAAAGGGGAAACUUUCAUUUAAUGUAUAAAGCAAUCACAGAAAGCAAGUCUUUAUUGGUCGGAUUUGAAACAAUGUUAAAUGGUUUUCAAAAUGAAUUAGCAAGUAUUUCAAAAGAAAUGCGUACACUACAAGGAUUAUCAAUGAAUGAAAAUUUAAAUGCACAAACAGAAAAAAUCGAAGGUGUAUUUGCCACAGGUGAAGUUGAGGAGGUUAUAUUAAAAUUAAAACCUUUCGAUAACAGUCACAAAGUCGCAGAAACUCAAAUUCUUUCAAAGUCUUUCAAUCUCGAGACCAUCGCUGCCGGUGCUGCUGCCGGUUGUGCUACUGUGGGUGGUGAAGGUAGCACAAGUGGUACAGGUGGCACAUCAACAAGUGGAUCAACUAGCAUAUCAACAGGUGUAAUAGUAGGUAACUCUUCAGACUGGAAAGAUUCUUCAGACUCAUCAGCAGAUCAUCAUCAGCUAGUAGUUCAUCAGAUAGUAGUACAUCAUCAGCUAACAGUUCAUAGCCAUUAA